CAACGCGUAAUGGCGCACGGUUUCUGAGCACAGAAUGUGUUUCAUUAUUUUUGUUUUCUAGAUAGAAAUAAAACUUGAAACGGAAAUAGUGGUUGGAACGUAAAGAAAAAUACUUGUUCUAGGGCUUGUUGAGAAACCUGAAAAAGAUGAGUGACCCUCAGACCCCUGCUACAGCUCAGCCGAGCUCACCCCAGGUGAAUGAGGGAGAACCACCUGCAAAGAAACCUAAAGUCGAACCAACAGCAACACAGCUGGGAGCAGCAGUAGCAGUUGCUAUGCCAACAACAGUGACAGUUCCCAUGGCAACUCAGUCAGCUUCUGAAGUUGUUAUACCGAUAACAGCAGCAAUGGCAACAGUUCCAAUGGCAACAUUAGCAGCAGGUCCAGCUGCUAUGACAACCACACAAACUAUCGCAACAGUUCCCAUAGCAACUCAAGCAGCAAGUCCACUUCCUGUGCCAACAGCAGUAACAACAGUAACACUUCCCAUACAACCUCCAGUAGCAGCAGCUUCCGUUGCUGUGCCAACAACAGCAACAGUACCAACAGUUCCCAUAGCAACUCCAGUGGUGGCUCCAGUUGCUAUGCCAACAACAACAGUGGUAGUAACAAUUCCCAUGACAACUCCAAUGGCAGGUCAAGUUGCUAUGCCAACAACAGCGACAAAAGCAACAGUACCCAUGCCAAUUCCAGCUAUUACUACGGUUCCCUUGCCAACACAAUUGGUUUCUACUCCAGUUGUUACCACUGGUGCGACUAACCCCACUACUCCUCUCACGAACUCAUUUCCUGGAGGGAUAAACUUGACAAUUUCGAACGGCGCAAUCAACAUUAAAUCAUCAACAUCUGGAGUUCCCGUGAUCACCAGGCCAGAGGGAUCGAAUAUGGUUAUCCAAGCACCGGUUGGUCAAGUGAGUGGUGGGAAUGUGAUAAUCCGAUCACCGCUUCUGUCCCCCACUGGAGGUCCAAUGGUGAGGUUGCCCAGUAAUCCGGGAACUUUGAACAUUCAGCUUGCUGGUCAACCAGGCAUGCAGGGAAUGCAAGGUGUUAUCAACUCCAGCCUAAUCAACCCGGUGCUUGGAAAAACUCCGACUGUUGUGUUCCAGCGAUCACCUGUUGGGAUAACGCCGGCAGCUUCGCCUGCUGUGCCAAUACAACAGUCACAACUGACUAACCUAACAUUUCAACGUGUCCCUAUAUCUACGGGCCAGGUUGCACUGAAUGUUGGCGUUCAGGGAAAGAAUGAGUCUGGGACUGGGAUCUUGGGUCAAGCCGCAGCAAGUGCAGGAAUUCCAACUCUGGCUGUUGGGGUGGGUCAGAGUCAGGUGGGGACAAAUUCAGGGAUGGCUCAGAGCAAAGCUGGGACCAGUAUGGGGAUGGCUUUGGGUCUGCAGGUUAGCAAGACAGCUCAAAUUAUGACUGAAACUGCCGUAGAAUCCUCCGCCUCACAAUCUAGUAAAAUAUCGACUGAAAACACUGUAAGUUCAGGGGAGAAAUCUGCAACAAAUGGAACUCAUUCUGGUGCUAAAAUUGAAGUUGAGAAUGGGAACAAGGAGACUGAUAAAACAGAAAAGUGUGAAACUUCACUUGGAGAUGGGAAUUCUACAACGAAGGAUGAGGAUGCUAGAAAAAACAAGGGAGAUUUUGAUCCUAUGGAGGCAUUGACGUGGGAUAAUGGUGUGGGCACUCUGCCUGGAAGUGACUUGAAGUUCCGCAUGAAUGAGUUUGGAGUGAUGGAGCUGAUCAUGGACGAUCAGGACACCAAUGAUUCUGGAGCUACGACAGAACCUCGUACUCCUGAUGUAGAGGCUGACCAAGAGAGCAGUGAAACAUCCAUAAGUGUCACUGUUAGUCCAGAGACAGUCAUGCCUGCCGAGGGACAGCUGAAGGGAGAUGAGUUUGUGCGCUGUCUUCAAUGUGGGACUUACGGGAUGGCGGCAGACUUCUUCAAAGCUGGUGCAUUUGAGCGAUUCUGUAGUCAGGCUUGCUAUCAGACAUACAAGGUUGCUUGUCGGGCAACUGCAGGUCCAAAAUCUGUGGGUGGUCGAAAGACUGUGAAAGAACUGGCAGCUGUCCAGUUUAAGAAGAAGAGGUUAAUGGUUGAUGAUAUGAAUCCACGCCCCCAGGGUGCUGCGGCUAGGGGCAGGCCACGGGUGAGGACGAUGGAGCCUGAGGAUGCAGAAGAUGAUGAGGUGGCAAAGACUCUGGCAUCUGCGAAGAAAACCAAGGGCUUUUCAUGGAACACAUACCUUCAACAGGAGAGGGCCACUCGUCCAGCAAACAAAUUAUUUAAGAGCGAGCAAGGAUUUCCCGCCAACAAGAACGGCUUUAAAGUGGGCAUGAAAUUAGAAGGAAUUGACCCUCGGCACCCCUCUCUCUAUUGUGUACUGAGCGUUGCGGAAGUACGCGGCUACCGAAUACGGCUACACUUCGAUGGCUAUUCGGAGUGCCAUGAUUUCUGGGAGAAUGCGUCAUCAGUGGAUAUCUUUCCUGUGGGUUGGUGCGAGAAAAAUAACAAGAAACUACAAGUGCCGAAAGGGUUCUCGCCUGAAAGAUUCAGCUGGCAAAGCUACUUGAAGCUCUCCAAGUCGCAGGCUGCACCCAGGCAUCUCUUUCAGAGUCAACAAGCUGCAUCAGUUACUCCUCAUGGAUUCAGGGUUGGGAUGAAGUUGGAAGCGAUCGACAAAAAGAACACUGUCCUCAUUUGUGUUGCUACUGUGGUGGACAUUAUCGGUGAUCGAAUCUUGAUCCACUUUGAUGGUUGGGAGGAUAGCUAUGAUUAUUGGGCUGACCCGACGUCGCCUUAUAUCAAACCUGUGGGUUAUUGUCAGGAAACGGAGAAGGCACUGUCUCCUCCUAAUGAUUGUGAAGAUAUACAGAAUUUCACGUGGGAGAGCUAUCUGAAACAAACAAAAUCCCAGCCUGUCCCUGCAAGGGCAUUCAAACCGCGUGGACCACACCAAUUCGAAAUCUAUCAGAAGUUAGAAGUUGUUGACAAGCGGAACCCAAUACUGAUACGAGUGGCGAGCAUAGUAGACAUUGAAGAGUUCCGGAUCAAGAUUCACUUUGAUGGAUGGUCAGAUGUUUUUGAUGAUUGGCUUGAUGAUGACUGUCCUGAUUUCCAUCCACCAGGGUGGUGUGCCAAAACCGGUCAUCCGCUGCAGCCACCAAUUAGUCCACAGGAUUUGGUUGUAUCGCCGACUCAGGGCGGCUGCCCCACACCUGGCUGUAAGGGUAUUGGCCAUAUCAAGGGAGCAAAAUACACUGGACACCACAGUGCCUUUGGUUGUCCUUACUCAUCUGUCAAUAUGAACAAGGGGAAUGCAAUACAAGACCGACUAGGUUCUUCAAAGUCCGAUGAGAUCUCUCCCCCAGCUAAAUUUCAUUCACCUGAUGCCAAAUUGAAUCCAUUAGCGGAGAAAAGGUUCUAUGGCGCUAGUAAAUACAAGGAGAUGGCUAAUGGGGACCACAGACCUCGCGUUGGUCCUGGACGUCCUGCGAGGAAGAAGCAUAAAUUUAUGGGGCGGGUGAAAGAGGAAAAAGACGAAGAGGAUGACGAGGAUCAAGAGAAUUUCCUUCACAAUGGCAUUCAUCAAUCAGUCUUCAUGUCAGCAAUGGUGCUCAAUCCUGUCAAAGACUUCCCACUCUGCUGGGAGCAACACUCCAAACUGCUGCCUGGGGUCGACAAAAUCAGGGGGACUGCUGUGGCCAAAUGGUCCAUCGAGGAGGUGGCUGAUUUUGUCAACACACUGCCUGGUUGUGAUGAGCAGGGGCAGAUUUUUCAAGAUGAGCAAAUCGAUGGUGAGGCCUUCCUACUUUUGAACCAAACGGACAUCGUCAAGAUCAUGAACAUAAAGCUAGGACCAGCUCUAAAAAUCUACAACAGCAUUCUAAUGUUUAAAAACACUGCUGAAUCAUAGUGCUGGAUAUCACGAUUCCUCUAGACUGUAAAUAAUUUCUGUUGCUCAAGUUAUGACUGUGAAUAUCAACUGUCAUGUUUGAAAGAUUGUUCGUGGAUGCAGAAUUUUGCACCGUGGUUGGCGGAGUUUUCGGAUUGAACAAUAAACAACUUAUAAAAGAGAACCCUCUGUUCAUGCAAGCUGGAUGGAAAGUGAUUUGUAGUUGUAGUGUAAAGCCAUAAAAAUUCAGUUUUAAGUUUUCACCAAUGUUUUAUAUUCCCAAGAAUGCCCUGUCAAAUGCAAACUUAAGAAAUUGCGAUGUUUAGUCUGCCACCAAAUCAAUUUGAAUGAAUUCUUUCGGAUGGGAGUGGGGUAAAGAAUGCAAGAACCUCAAGUAAUCAUGCAGAAGGACACACUUUUAUCGAAACGAUUGUUUUAUUGCCUAAGAAAUAAGUGGAACCUCCCUUAGCGGACACCUCUCUAUUAAGAACACUAGUUUUGGUCCCAAGUUGGUUGUUGCCAUUCAAUUUGACCUCUAAUGAGGACACCUCUCUAUCAAGGACAGUACUUUUCAGUCCCGAGGGUGUCCUUAAUAGAGAGGUUCUACUGUACAUUGACGUGGUGCUAAUCUUUUAUCGAGGUAAAUUCUAAAUGUGACGCAUGCGUCGUUGCUUGAAAUCGAACUUUGUUGUAUUGUAUAAAGUGGUUUAUCAAGCCGUUGACCUUUCAGGUUGAUACAUCUUGUACAAAUAUAAUGUGUAUGUAUGUGUUCUGUUCACUCCUCCCUUCUCAAGCUAAUAGAGGUUAUUUGUCAGCCACUUGGUGAAAUCUUGUUGUAUCCAUACAGAAUCGCUGUAAUGAGACAUAGGAUGUCGUAGGAGUCCAAUCGGGGGUCAUACGUUAAGUACAUGUAUGUACAGAGGGGGUUCAUUUGUGUACACUGUACAUUUUUACAAUUUUUGGGUACUGGGGCCGGGUCCUGAAAAUCGGAAAAUGUGCGUAAUGGACUUUAAGUAUAGCGCCUGAUAUGUUUUAGACAUGUCUGUAAUGAUGACUUGGACUCUGAUUAACAUCUUGACAUGUCAGAAAGGGGGUAGGAAAAUAGAAAUGCAGGCAGACUAUUACAGCUCUGGCUCGGGAGCAAGAGGGUUAAAACUGGUCAGGUGCCAUUCUCAACAUAGAAUUGAAGUCGGUGAAAUUCAUUAGUUGCUUGUGAAAA